AUGGCGACGGGCACCUCUCCUAUGGCUGAUGUUCAUAUUGAACCCGAAGUUGGAUCUUCUCCUCCUCAAAGCCGUAUAAUUCCCAGUGCAAGCUCAACCUCUGUCUCAGUGCAGCCGAUACCAAUCCAGCAAUCAAGGCUUGAGGAGCGUUCCGCCAUUGCCCAGGCUGAUGGACUCAUGAAUCAUACCGCGGGUCAUACUGAUGGAGUAUUUGAAGCUGAUGACGAUGACUUCGUGGCUGUAGACCAUGACGACGUUGCGGAUUCCACCUGGUAUUUCCGUCAGCCGACUCUUCCAAAGCCAACGCAGCUCGAUGAACUUCAUCCGUUCGUGCAGAUACUGUCGGUAUCAAAUGCAGAUGAGUGCGUGCAAGUUGAAUCGGCCUUUCCGGAAAAUGAAAGGUGCUCGAGAGAGAAGAUCCUUUAUCGUCUCACUAAGUGUCCCGAACUCUCGCUUGGAGUCUUUUCGCGCCCGCGAAUCGCGCCCCAUCAGGAGAGUCCUAAAGCUACCCUCGUUGCCCAUAUUCUUGCUACAAGAACUCCGGCGCCGGCCGUAACUGACGCUUCGAUGGAACUCCCAGAAAAUUGGCGACAUAGGUCAUCGACUCUUCCCAAUGCAUCUGGCGUUGAGCCUUUGGGCCACCAAGAUCAAGGAUCAACAAUCGCGAUCCACUCACUUGCUGUGGUUCCAGAGCAUCAGGGGAAAGGCCUCGGCAAAACAUUGAUGAAAGCAUACAUUCAGCGGAUUAGGGAUGCAAAAAUUGCCGACCGAAUCGCUCUACUCUCGCAUGACCACUUAGUUCCCUUUUACACGAGCCUGGGCUUUAAGAACUGUGGACCGAGCGAGUGUACAUUUGGAGGUGGUGGUUGGCACAGUUUGAUUCUUGAGUUUUAACGUCUGCAUGUGGAAAGCCCGAGGAUUUUAAUUGCUCAUCUUAAGCUUUGCUGCGGUACGGCCCUUGCCAGUGGUUGUAUCAUCUGUACAUACAUACAUACCCUUUCCUCGAUUAUCAACUUCAAAGUUUUAAUGACGACAAAACGGUGUUGGGAGAUGGGAGAAGGUGGAAGGGUAAAUUUGGCGAUAAUGGUAACCAUGAACUUAGCUUAACUAUUACAGGUAGCUCUGCAACGGGU